GGCGGUCCAAAAGCGGGCGGAAGUGUUCUGAGUUGUUGCCGGAAGUGGCGAGGAGGGUUGUGAUGGCGGCUGCAAUUUUAGCCGAAAAGGUACCUGUGGACAGUGCGGAGGAGGGGGAGCAGCCCCUGGCGGCGGCUGCGGAGGUGGCCGCCCAGAAGCGCGAACAGAGACUGCGCAAGUUCCGGGAGCUGCACCUGAAGCGGAAUGAGGCUCGUAAGUUGAAUCACCAGGAAGUUGUUGAAGAAGACAAAAGACUCAAGUUACCUGCUAACUGGGAAGCCAAAAAGGCUCGUCUGGAGUGGGAACUGCAGGAAGAAGAAAGGAAGAAGGAGUGUGCAGCAAGAGGGGAGGACUAUGAGAAAGUGAAGCUGCUGGAGAUCAGCGCAGAAGAUGCGGAGAGGUGGGAGAGGAAGAAGAAGAGGAAGAACCCUGACCUGGGAUUCUCAGAUUAUGCUGCUGCCCAGUUACGCCAGUAUCACCGGCUGACCAAGCAGAUCAAACCCGACAUGGAAACGUAUGAGAGACUGAGAGACAAACAUGGAGAAGAGUUUUUCCCAACAUCCAACAGUCUUCUUCAUGGAACACAUGUGCCUUCAGCAGAGGAGGUCGAUAGGAUGGUCACAGAUCUGGAGAAGCAAAUUGAAAAACGAGACAAAUACAGCCGGAGACGGCCUUACAAUGACGAUGCGGACAUUGACUACAUUAAUGAACGGAAUGCCAAGUUCAACAAGAAAGCAGAAAGAUUCUAUGGGAAAUAUACAGCUGAAAUUAAACAGAAUUUGGAAAGAGGAACAGCGGUCUAAUCUCCUUCAGGAACUCUCAGGAACUCUUUUUAAAAGCCUGCGAAUGCUGGCAAAUUGAAGUUCUCUUCAAAGUUAUACCAGGAAACCAGCACUCAGUCUACAAUGCCUUCCAAAUCAGCAUUUAGAAAUAAAUGUUUUUCUUAAACAUAUACUUCCAUGUAUCUUCCCCCAUUUCUGUGCUUGGGUAGAAGAUGUAUUUUAAGAUGUAGUGUACUUGUUUUGUAAAAAUCUGCUUUGUAUAAAUACUAAUUAUUUUUCUAUGUAUUUUAAAUGUACUUGACUGAUCUUUGAAACAUUUGGGCUUCAGAUUAUUAGCGUAUAUAAAUGCAGUCAUUGUUGCUUCGACUACUGUUAUGAAUUUGACAAAAUCUAGAGCUGAACUUGGCAACCUUUGGAGGUUGUAGACUCCAGAGCUAAGUACAGUGAGGAAGGAAGGCGGCCGUGGCUGCGGGAGGGCUCUGUCUACCCACGGCUGCUUAGGACCAAGUUCAGGAAGCAGCAGAACUGUCUUCCUGUGAAUGUUGGUAUAUACAGUUCCUUUUAUACAAAGCAAAUAUCCUGUGGAAUAGAAUCCCUACUAAACACUAUUGUUUAAAACAAAUAGUUGUAUGUGUAUACAUGUGUAUAUAUAUAUGCUAAACUAUGUGCUUUCACUGCAUAAACAUUUAAAAAAAUGUUCAUUUAUGGGGAAUUUAGAACAGGUAAUAGAAGACAGAAUAAUACGAUGAAUCCCGUAUACCCAGUGCCCUUUUUUCAAUAAUCAUCAACCAGCUGGUCUGGUUUCAUCUUCAUUUCUAUCUCCUUUCCCCUCCAUGAGUCCCAUGUUAUUUUGAAGCAGAUAUUAAAUUUAUAAUUUUGUCUGUAAAUAUUUUAGUAUCUGAAAUUAUCUUUCACAACAAUAGUUAAUAAGAGUUCAGAGAGAUUGGUACAGUU